UAGUAACAGGAUAAAGAAGAGGAGACGCGUUACCUCUAACGGGAUAUAGCACUUUCACUUUAAAAAUACUUUUUGAGGGGCAUUUUAUUUAAACAGGUACCAAUUGAGAUUUGACAAUGAUGCUGUGCGGCAUCUUUCUGCUUUUGAUGCUUUGGAGUGGAGAGGGGGCGAGACUAGCAGAGACCCGUGAUGAUAAUAGCGUGUAUGACUUGUUCGACCUGGCAAGAGUAAACAAGAAACAAAACGGAGUGAGCCUGGUGAAAGGCGCUGAUCCAUACAGCCCUGCAUACAAAGUUCUGAACGCAGACCUGAUCCCCGCCGUACCGGACAACGCGCUCCGGGACCUGCUCGACUCCAUCCAAGCCGAGAGAGGAUUCCUGCUCCUGGUCAACCUCAAGCAGUUCAAAAAGACCCGGGGCAGCCUGCUGACGGUGGAGAAGAGCGACGGUUCCGGGCCCGUGUUUGAGAUCGUGUCCAACGGCAGAGCGAACACUCUGGACCUGGUUUACUCCACCGCGAGCCAGCAGCAGGUCGUGUCCAUAGAGGAGGUGGACCUGGCCACGGGGCACUGGAAGAACCUCACGCUGUUUGUGCAAGAUGACCGCGCUCAGCUGUUUGUGGGCUGUGAGGAGAUCAAUGCGGCCGAGAUGGACGUGCCAAUCCAGAGCGUGCUCAGCCCAGACGUGGCAGACAUCGCCAGGCUCAGGAUUGGAAAGGGAGCCGUGAAGGACAAAUUCAUGGGAGUACUUCAGAACGUGCGUUUUGUCUUUGGCACCACUCUUGAUGCCAUACUGAGAAACAAGGGAUGCCAGAAUGGAGCUGCCAUCACUGAUGUCAUGACCCUGGACAACCCAGUCAAUGGCUCCAGCCCUGCCAUCAGAACUGACUUCAUGGGCCACAAAUCCAAAGAUGUGCAGUCCGUGUGCGGUCUCUCCUGUGAGGACAUCAGCAGCAUGUUCAAGGAGCUCAAAGGCCUUGGUGUGGUCGUCAAACAGUUGUCCACUGAGCUGCGUAAAGUGUCUGAAGACAGCAAUUCUUUGAUAGCCAGACUGGCUAUCCAGAAUGGAGUGUGCCUCCACAACGGCAUCAUGCACAAGGACAAAGAUGAAUGGACUGUGGACGGCUGCACUGAGUGCACCUGUCAGAACUCUGCCACUGUCUGCCGUAAGAUCUCCUGCCCCCUGAUCCCCUGUGCCAACGCUACUGUGCCAGAUGGAGAGUGCUGCCCUCGCUGUGGGACUGCCAAUGAUUACCCUGAAGACGGCUGGUCUCCCUGGUCUGACUGGACUCACUGCUCUGUGACAUGUGGGCGGGGCAUUCAGCAGCGUGGCCGCUCAUGUGACCGCAUCAACAGUAACUGUGAUGGCACAUCUGUGCAGACCCGCGACUGCUACCUGCAGGAGUGCGACAAACGCUUCAAACAGGAUGGAGGCUGGAGCCAUUGGUCACCCUGGUCUUCCUGCUCUGUGACCUGUGGAGAGGGUGUCAUAACCCGUAUCCGCCUGUGCAACUCCCCCACACCACAGAUGGGAGGCAGGGACUGUCAGGGAGAGGGCCGCCAAACUGAAGUCUGCCGCAAAUCACAUUGUCCAAUUAAUGGUAACUGGGGUCCCUGGUCACCAUGGAACAGCUGCACUGUUACCUGCGGUGGAGGAGUCCAGAUGCGGAAACGCCUGUGUUCUGACCCUGUGCCCAAAUAUGGAGGAAAGGACUGUGUUGGUGAUGCGACUAUGACUCAGCUGUGCAACAAACAAGACUGUCCAAUUGAUGGUUGUUUAUCCAACCCAUGCUUCCCUGGUGCUAAAUGCACUAGCUCCCCUGACGGCUCAUUUAAAUGUGGUAAAUGUCCUCUGGGCUACACUGGGAACGGAAUCACCUGUAAAGACAUAGAUGAGUGCAAAGAGGUCCCUGAUGCCUGCCACACACAUAACGGAGUGCACCGCUGUGAGAACACAGAGCCUGGAUACAACUGUCUGCCCUGCCCCUCACGCUUCUCUGGACCCCAGCCUUUCGGAAGAGGAGUGGAGCAGGCAACAGCUAAAAAACAGGUUUGCACGCCCCGUAACCCGUGCAAAGACGGUAGCCAUGACUGCAACAAAAAUGCAAACUGCAUCUACUUGGGCAUCUUCUCGGACUCCAUGUACCGUUGUCAGUGCAAGCCGGGCUACGCUGGAAACGGACACAUCUGUGGAGAGGACACUGACCUGGACGGAUGGCCCAACAUGGACCUACCCUGUGUGGAAAACGCCACCUACCACUGCAAGAAGGAUAAUUGUCCCACCCUGCCCAACUCCGGCCAAGAGGACCACGACAAAGAUGGCCUGGGCGAUGAAUGCGACCAUGAUGAUGACAAUGAUGGAAUCCCCGAUGAUAGGGACAACUGCCAAAGAGUAUACAACCCUGCCCAGUAUGAUGCAGAUCGAGAUGAUGUUGGUGACAGCUGUGACAACUGCAUAUUUGAGGCUAACACUGACCAAGCCGACACAGACAGCAACGGAGAGGGAGACGCUUGUGCUGUGGACAUUGAUGGUGAUGGCAUUCUAAAUGAGAAUGACAACUGCCCGUAUGUGUACAAUGUGGACCAGAGAGAUACAGACAGGGACGGAGUGGGAGACCACUGUGAUAACUGCCCCCUGGAGCACAACCCUGAUCAGAUCGACUCUGACGCAGAUCGCGUAGGAGACAAAUGUGACAACAACCAGGACAUUGAUGAAGACGGUCACCAGAACAAUCUGGACAACUGCCCAUACAUCCCCAAUGCUAAUCAGGCCGACCACGACAAGGAUGGCAAGGGAGACGCUUGUGACCAUGACGACGACAAUGAUGGCAUUCCCGAUGACAAAGACAAUUGUCGCCUGGCCUUUAACCCCGAUCAGCUCGACUCAGAUAAUGACGGCCGUGGUGAUGUGUGCAAAGAUGACUUUGACCAGGACAACGUGCUGGAUAUUUAUGAUGUGUGUCCAGAAAACUUUGCUAUCAGUGAAACAGACUUCCGCAGAUUCCAGAUGGUUCCUCUGGAUCCCAAAGGCACCUCUCAGAUCGACCCCAACUGGGUUGUGCGGCAUCAGGGCAAAGAGCUGGUCCAGACUGUCAACUGCGACCCUGGCAUUGCUGUUGGCUUCGACGAGUUUAGUGCAGUGGAUUUCAGUGGCACCUUCUUCGUGAACACAGACAGAGAUGAUGACUAUGCUGGCUUUGUGUUUGGAUACCAGUCCAGCUCUCGGUUCUACGCCGUCAUGUGGAAACAGAUCACACAGACAUACUGGUCCCACACUCCCACCAGAGCACAGGGCUACUCCGGCCUGUCCAUCAAAGUGGUCAACUCCACCACUGGCCCUGGAGAGCAUCUGAGGAACGCCCUGUGGCACACUGGAGACACCCCCGGACAGGUCCGCACUCUGUGGCACGACCCCAAGAACAUUGGCUGGAAAGACUUCACUGCCUACAGAUGGCAUCUCAUUCACAGACCCAAGUCUGGACUUAUCAGAGUUGUGAUGUACGAGGGCAAGAGAAUCAUGGCUGAUUCUGGAAACAUCUAUGAUAAAACAUAUGCCGGAGGACGACUAGGCCUGUACGUGUUCUCCCAGGAGAUGGUGUACUUCUCAGACCUCAAAUACGAAUGUAGAGAUUCAUAAGUGGACCAAAGCGCCUCAUAAAUGAAUGUAUAUGAAAUAAAGUACAAGACCAGGAUCAGCAUCUCAACAUCUAACUUUUCCUAAACAACUGCACUUGGUGGAGAAAUGACCAGAGCAAAUGAGGUACAGUCACCUCAGGACUUAAAGCCAAAUCCAAGUUCAAUGAUCUCCACCACUGACUAUGAACACAAGUGCAGCUGUGUUCAGAAGAAACGUGCCUUCCCCUCCAUUAAAGGAGGGCCACAUGUAUCGCUUUGCACAUGAUAAUCCGCUGUGGACGAGGGACCAAAAGGAAAAGUCUGCCUUAUUUUAUUUUUUAUUUUUAAAACAAUAAUUAUCUGCUGUGGACUCUCUGGACUUUUUAGAAUGGGGAGCUAAAGCCCCUUGAAGGAACAGUUGAGGGACCGUGGACAGUAUGAACUGACUGUUACUAUCAGAGUGAGUGUGUUGUGCAUGUGUUAGUGUGGCUGUGGACAAUGAAGACUAAAGAGAUUUGUAACAACCCCCAGAUAUAGAGACCACUAUGUGGUGUAAGAGCUGGCCCACAGUAUUCUUCUCAGGAAAGAGCACUAGAAGAAUUAGAAGAGCACAAGUGGAGGACAGCACAGGGCCUGAGCUGGCAAUUUAUUGCAGCUUUGGACUGUUAUUGUGAUAAAUAUUUGUAAAUCCUAAAUGAACCUGUCAGGGGACGUUAACCACAAGGGCCAGUCUACUUCCUGCCAACCAUUUGUACUAUCUUAGAUUCUACUUCGAGUUACACACAGAAAACAAGACCAGACCUAAUGUGUUAGAGUGGCCUCACCCCAGCAUCAGACUAAUCAGUGCGUGCCUGGUGUGCCUGAGCUUGUGUGUACAGUUAUGACAAGGGAACAACAAGAGGGAACCCUAAUGUACAAACAUUACCUCAUUUCUUUUGUAUCGAGGCCAGCAAUACACGAGAAUCACUUGUCUUAACGCAAUCAAAUGGUUGGCUUCUCGAGUUUAGCAAGACUUUAAUAUUGUUAUGCUGUAUAUAAGAUAUUUUUGUAGCAAGAGAAGCCAGAGCUGGAAAGGAUGUAAGAAGUGUAAAGUCUAUUGUUCUAUGUGUAUGUUUUCUGUGCGUUUUUUGAUAACUUAUUGUUUUAUAUUGGUUAUUUCAUAUUUGUAGAUAUAUGCUAUUUAAAUAAUUUAUCUGGAAGCGUGGCCUAUUAUGGAAGUGCUUCUGUCUGUAUAAAUUUAUUUGCACAUUGACAUGAGGAUGUUAUCAUUUUGUAUGUUUUUUUUUUAAUAUUAGUGAAGCCUUUCUAUAAACAUUUGUUCCAUAGUUUCUACCCAAAGUGCUGUUUAUACUCCAACUUGUGAUUUUGUAAUGUUUUCAACUGAACAAUAAACCUCUAAGAAAUA